AUUUUUUCCAGUAGAAAUAUAAUAAUCGAAGAAAAACUAAAAAACCUUAUAUUAUCCUUUGCCUUCCCUUUCUUCAUCUGCAAAGAACGGCAAAAGGAGGAAACAAGAACCGAGGAAAUUGGUUGCACAGAUGAACAGCUUCACCGGCAGCGACAGCGAUGAAGAAAAGGGAUUGCUGUGGAAGCUUCCGGAAGUGAGGGUGAAGGACAUCGGGAAGGUCGGCCCAGCCUUCGGGUUCGGCGCCGGUUGUGGAGUCGGGUUCGGCGUCGGCCUGAUUGGAGGGUUUGGAAUCGGUCCUGGAAUUCCCGGCCUUCAGGCCGGUAUUGGAUUGGGUGCGGGUUGUGGGAUAGGUUAUGGCUUUGGUUAUGGUGUGGGGAAGGGCGUAGCUCAUGAUCACAACCGCAGAUACUCCAACGUUGGCAACCAUUUCCGUGGUCGAUCCACUCUUUCCACUACGCAGGAUGAGCUUGGUGCCCUGUUAAGCGAUUUUGCUGUCACCGCGGAGAGGAUAGUUAAGGCAACUUCAAGAGAAAUCGAAAAGUGGACGAGAUAGUUAACAAUGUUAACAGUAAAAGUUUGUACAUGCAUUUCUGAUAUUGCAACUUAUUAAACAUCACACUGCUUGCUUGGAGUUGGCGCUUUGGGUGGUACUGUAAUAUUGUGAGGUUUCAUGUCGGUCAUUUGGUGCCUGCCAAUUAGAAACAUUGCAGCGCUCGAACACCUAUUUAUCCGCUGCCCGGUAGCAAUUUUCCUUUGCCAUCCAGCAUCCACGUGGUGCAAUUGCAUUUGCAAUUACAUUUGUGGUUUUUUUUUUUACACAACACCAUUUGCAAUUAACUUGCAAUUACAUAUGGAGUAAUUUUUUUUUUAAUAAAUACCUUUUUAUCCA